GCUGGAAGGCUUUCCCCGUGAUCUCGUACUUGUGCGCCACACAUGAAUCCGGCGCUUGGAGCUCGAGAAGCUCACGAUCUUGUGAUCGAUCAAUAGUGUCGAUCCUCCAAAGAGGGGAAUUUGUGAUCCUGGAGCUCCAGCGAUUGGAAUGUAUCGCCCAUGGACGAGGACGAACCGAGGCUCGAGCGGGAGGGGUACGAGGGCAAUGGGAGCAAUCGAUCGCGAGUGUCGCGAUACAUCAGGGAAUGGCAAGCCAGUAGCUCGGCGCUUAAAGCCCUAAGGCUCCAUGUCAUUCUGCCCGAGUCGCGAUGGCAUCACUGGUGGACGACCUUCAUCCUGGUGUCGGCGGCGUAUUCCUCCUUCUUCACGCCCAUGGAAUUCGGCUUCUUUCGCGGCCUGCCCUGGCGCGUCGGGGUCUUCGACAUGGUCGUCCAGGUGAUCUUCCUGGCCGACAUUGUCAUCAAUUUCUUCGUGGCCUUCAAGGAUUCCCACACCUACAAGACGAUCACGGACCACAAGAAGAUCGCUUUGAGGUAUGGAAAGACGGAUCUCAUCCCAGAUUUCCUGGCGUGCCUGCCCUGGGAUGCACUGUACAAGGCUUGUGGAAGACACGAGGAGAUCCGAUACAUGCUGUGGAUCCGGCUGUAUAGAGUUCGCAAAGUGGAGCGUUUCUUUAAGAGGCUGGAGAAGGACAUUCGCGUCCACUACUUUGUGGCGAGGAUUGCGAAACUGCUAACGGUGGAGCUCUACUGCACGCACACGGCUGCUUGCAUCUUCUACUACCUCGCAACAACCAUGGCACACUCGCAGGAAUCCUACACCUGGAUCGGCAGCCUCACGCUUGGCGAUUUUUCCUACCACAACUUCCACGAGAUUGAUCUUUUGAAGCGUUACGUCACCGCGCUCUACUGGGCGAUUCUCACCAUGGCGACUGUUGGCUAUGGAGAUAUUCAUGCCGUGAACGUCAGGGAGAUGGUUUUCGUUAUGAUCUUUGUUUCGUUUGACAUGAUCCUGGGAGCAUAUCUUAUUGGAAACAUGACGGGAUUGAUAGUGAGAGGGUCGAGCACCGAGAAGUUUCGGGACCGGAUGGCGGGGAUUAUCAAGUUUAUGAACAUGCACAGCCUUCCAAGGGACCUGAGGCAGCAAAUGAAAGCUCACGUCCGGCUCGAGUUUGAAGGGCAGCUUGCAGAACGGACAGUGAUGAAGGAAUUCCCUGCUUCUAUUCGUGCCAAGGUCUCUCAGGCCCUGUACCUUGAUACGGUUGCGGACGUGCCACUUUUUAAAAGCUGCUCAAACGAGUUUAUCAACCAGAUUGUAAGCAACGUACACAAGGAAUACUUUUUGCCAGGAGAAAUGAUAAUGGAGCAAGGGAGUGCUGCAGAUAGGCUCUACAUUGUGUCGCAUGGACUGCUGGAAGUUGUUUCUGUUGCAGAAGAUGGCUCUGAGGAAGUCUUUACAGUCGAGGACCAUAACAUUUUCGGGGAAGUUGCUGUGCUUUGCAACAUCCCUCAGCCGUAUACUGUCCGUGUGUCGGAGCUGAGCGCGCUACUAAGGCUGGACAAGCAUGUGCUUACAAACAUAAUGCAAAUCUAUGCCGUCGACAGUCGCCAAGUUCUCAACAAUCUGCUCAAGCAACAAACUGGAGACUUUCGAGUAAGUCAGCUCACUGACGAGAUUCAAUCGCAACUGGGGCACCAGCAGUCAGAGCUGACGUUGAGAAUGAACAACGCUGCUUUUCAAGGCGACUUGUAUUAUCUGCGCAGCCUGAUACGAACGGGAGCAGAUCCUGUGAAGUCCGACUACGUUGGGAAAACGCCUCUCCACCUUGCAGCUUCUAAAGGCUACGACGACAUCGUCUCGUUGCUGUUGAGAGAAGGAGCAGACAUAAACGCUCUUGGUAUUUUUCUUCUCAGUCCAGCGUACUUCCAAUCUAAACGAUCAUUUGGGUGCGCAGAUAAUCUAGGCAACAGCCCGUUGCUCGAAGCCAUCAAAGGUGGACACGACUACACAGCAAGCAUCCUUGUGGAGAGGGGAGCCAGGCUCAACUUAACUUACCCCGGAAACAUGCUCAUCCGCGCGGUGGUAAAGAACAACUUAGAACUCCUCAAGCGUCUAAUAAACCAUGGAGUGGAUCCAAAUGCGGCAGAUUAUUACUCAAGGACCGCAUUGCAUGUCGCUGCGGCCGAAGGCUUGAAUUCGUUUGUCAAGUUCCUUAUCAAUGCUGGGGCCAGCAUCUUCUACAAGGACAGAUGGGGCCGUACUCCUUAUGAUGAAGCCAAGCGCUGUGGAAGCGUGCUCGUCAUCUCUGCUUUCGAGGCAGCGGCUGAGCAGCAAACAAAGACAAGAACUGCGUCGUCACAGUGCAAUCCAAACAUUGUAGAAGUUUCUGAGAGCCAGCAAGAGUCCCCGCGAUCCAGCCUGAGGCAUAGGAACUUGAGCUCGAGAGAAGUGGCGCUCCUCUCGUCGUCUUCGAGAAAUCUCCUCCGGACAAAGAACCAGCAGCAGCAGCAGGAUCUCCUCAGCCAGUCGUCACCGGAUCAUUUGGAGCUGGAAGUGCACAGCUCCCAGCCCAUCGAGACUUCCACCGUCUUUCUUCACGAUCAUCCAUCGACAAGCUCUUCACACCUCUAGAGAAGAGAGCUUGAAGAAGGUAUAUAGUGUACCAUUUGUACCAUGUAUCCAUUAUUUAUCAACAAGAAGUGAUCGAUUAAUUUUACAAA